AUGCCGUUGAGCGAGACGAGCUUCGCGAUUCUCAUCGGCUGUCUAGGUGUAGCCACCAAUGCUGGAAUACUAAUCUUCUCUCGACUUCUCGGCAAAGUGUCGAGCCAAAAAAAAUUGUCCUUGGGCGGCUACAGCACCGAUGAAACCUACUCCGACCACCGGUACCAACGCAACAACAGUCUGGACUCGUCUGCGCAAAGGCGGGUCUCUGAGACGGCAGCGGGUUUUACUAAUCCAAAGAAGUCUUCAAUGCUUGUACCAAAUAACAAUGUCUCACUGCUCCGUCUGUCGUCGCUUCUCUCUAUUAAUCGGUUAGAACAGGAGUCUGCCUCGUGUCAACGAGACAGAUGUUCAAAGUCGAGCAGCAAGAUGAUCUGGCGAUCACAGAGCCGCCGACAUCGAGUUUACCUCCAGGGUCUGUUGAUUCUUGCCUCUUCGAAUCUCCUAACUGCAUUUCUUCUCAUGAUAUCAUCUUUGUAUUCAAUAUACUGGACCACCGUGGACACUGUCGGCACCAUAGCUACUGCCGCAUUGUUUGACGUAUUUCAAGCCAUCGAGGUUGGAGCCAUACUGUGGAUAGCAGUCAACCGUGCCCUCGCUAUUCACAGCACCUCACGACACAACAGCAACCGAAAGAUGUCCGAGCCAGCACGUCCACUGUCCAACGCUAUCCACCUAACCACAGAGAAGCAGACUUCAUCGUGUUGGGCGUGCUUCUGCUGCUUUUGCUACUGCAGCAGGCGGGUACGCAAUGUGGUUACCUCGGUGGAUUUGGAAUCCGCGCCGUCGUCAACUCAGCCGGCGUCAAAGUGCCUGUUUCAAAUGCGUUUCCAGAAAGUGUCACGCCUCUGCCUGUGCUCCCUUCCACUUCUGAUAAUGCUGUUGGCCUUCUGUGGCAGUAUUUGGAGCUGGUUGUCAGUGUGUCGAAGGCAGACGGAUGUCCACACUGAGGAUACAGAUCCAGAACUGCAUUAUUACACAGAUUCGAUCAACGUCGGCGUAUUCACUGGCCUCUUCCUCAUGCCAACUUCCUUCCUACUAUCAACGAACUGCCUGAUUUACCGGAAAGUAGCAAAGCGGCACAAACGCUUCCUCCUGCGCCAAACAAGUAAUUCAAGCAAAACAACAUUUCUAAUAGACGAGGAGACCGCCUCGAGCCCAUCGAUCGCGAAAGGCGAAUUCGCUCGACCCAGUUACCACACCCAUUCCAGCAUACCGACCUUCACCGUGACUUGGAGCAGCGACCAAGAGCUCAAUCGGAGCCCCGAGGAACGCUGCAACCAGUUGUGGGAUGUUCCAGAAACCUCGCACGAACACCUGCCCACGAAGUCCUCGCCAAGCACUCCGCGUGGAAGUGAGCCAGUGGUGUGCAGUGCUAUGCAAGUCCCCGCACCCACGUACCUGUCCUUCCUGACAGCACAGCCGACCGCUGAGGUGUUCACGCGAACCUCCUCGUCAGUUGACUGCUCUCUCAACCCCUGCGCCGUGGAAAAGCCGAAACGAAAGCUCACCUGUCCGGAACUGCCUCCCAUUCAGAGGCGACGCAAGAGCCUCACGGAGCUUUACCAACCCGUGUUCAGCGUCCAGUCGAGGCCGGACCACGCCGCCGAGUCGGUGUUUGUGCGGCAACUGCAAAGACAACACAAACGGACGGUGGUGGUGUUGGCGAGCAUCCUCAUCGUGUUCGUGGUGUGCCACGCGCCCCGGGCGAUGUGGAUCUGUGCCAGGUGGUUCUUCGCUGACGCUGGCGGUCAGCUCCUCCCGAUUGUGACUCUCUGGUCGCGUGUCUGUACAUUCGUUGAUCCUGUUCUCUACGGAUUCUGGGGAAAUCGCGCCUACCGGAGGUGUCUCCGAAACCUCUCUACUCACCUGAUGCCCUUGUGCGGUGACUGCGCCUCCAAUAGGACUGGUAUUUAG